UGGGUUUAAGGAUUGAACUUUAAUGUUCAUAAAAUCGGAAAACCUAAUUGCUCAGUCUCUCUCUCUCUAGUUCAAUUUCAAUUCUCAUCUGUGAAUCCGGUAGAGAAGAUGAGUUUCGCGGCCUACAAGAUGAUGCAUUGGCCGACCGGCGUCGAGAACUGUGCUUCCGGCUAUAUCACCCACUCUCUCUCCGAUUCAACGCUACAGAUUCCGAUUGUUUCCGGCGAUGAUGAUCUCGAAGCCGAGUGGUCUAAUCCUAAGCGAGGUAUCGCUCCAUUGCCCAACGUCGUUAUAACGGCCGCUAAUAUCCUCGAGGUGUACGUGGUUAGGGCUCAAGAGGAAGGAUUUACUCAGGAGCUCAGGAAUCCGAAACUUGUUAAGCGUGGUGGAGUUAUGGAUGGUCUCUCUGGUGUUUCUCUCGAGCUUGUGUGCCAUUAUAGGUUGCACGGUAACGUUGAGUCAAUUGCGGUUCUACCUAUGGGGGGUGGGAGUUCUUCCAAAGGGAGAGAUUCGAUUGUAUUGACGUUUCGUGACGCCAAAAUCUCGGUUCUUGAGUUUGAUGAUUCAAUUCACAGCCUUAGAAUGACUUCGAUGCAUUGUUUUGAGGGUCCAGAUUGGCUUCAUCUUAAAAGAGGUAGAGAGUCUUUUCCAAGAGGCCCCUUGGUGAAAGUGGAUCCCCAAGGCAGGUGUGGCGGCGUUCUUGUUUAUGGUUUGCAGAUGAUCAUACUCAAGGCUUCUCAGGUUGGCUCUGGACUAGUUGGAGAUGAUGAUGCGUUCAGUUCUGGAGGGACAGUCUCUGCUCGAGUUGAAUCAUCUUACAUAAUCAACUUGCGUGAUCUGGAAAUGAAACACGUCAAAGAUUUUGUUUUUCUACAUGGUUAUAUUGAGCCUGUAAUUGUCAUCCUUCAGGAAGAAGAGCAUACUUGGGCUGGGCGAGUUUCAUGGAAGCACCAUACUUGCAUGCUUUCUGCCCUUAGUAUCAAUACAACAUUAAAACAACACCCAGUCAUCUGGUCAGCUAUUAAUUUACCCCAUGAUGCCUACAAACUACUUGCAGUACCAUCUCCGAUUGGAGGUGUUCUUGUGUUGUGCGCAAAUACAAUCCAUUAUCAUAGUCAGUCAGCCUCCUGUGCUCUGGCACUGAACAAUUAUGCCUCCUCAGCUGAUAGCAGUCAAGAACUGCCUACAUCGAAUUUCAGUGUGGAACUCGAUGCUGCCCAUGGAACCUGGAUUUCAAACGAUGUGGCCCUAUUGUCAACAAAAUCUGGGGAAUUGUUACUGCUGACUCUUAUAUAUGAUGGGCGUGCUGUACAGAGACUUGAUCUUUCCAAAUCAAAAGCCUCUGUGCUUGCUUCGGACAUUACUAGUGUUGGAAAUUCCCUUUUCUUUUUAGGUAGCCGGUUAGGAGACAGUUUACUGGUGCAAUUUUCCUGUAGAUCUGGGCCUGCAGCAUCAUUACCUGGGUUGAGAGAUGAGGAUGAAGACAUUGAAGGUGAGGGUCAUCAAGCAAAACGCUUGCGGAUAUCUUCUGAUACUUUUCAAGAUACAAUUGGAAAUGAGGAGCUAUCACUGUUUGGUUCAACUCCAAAUACCUCCGAUUCAGCACAGAAAUCGUUUUCAUUUGCAGUGAGAGAUUCACUAGUUAAUGUUGGUCCAGUGAAAGAUUUUGCUUAUGGCUUAAGGAUUAAUGCUGAUGCAAAUGCCACUGGGGUUUCCAAACAGAGCAACUAUGAAUUGGUGUGCUGCUCUGGUCAUGGGAAGAAUGGUGCUUUAUGUGUUCUUCGGCAGUCAAUUAGACCGGAAAUGAUUACUGAGGUUGAACUUCCAGGCUGCAAAGGAAUAUGGACAGUUUAUCACAAGAGCUCCCGUGGUCACAGUGUCGAUUCUUCUAAAAUGGCUGCUGAUGAAGAUGAAUAUCAUGCCUAUUUGAUUAUAAGUUUGGAGGCUCGCACGAUGGUACUUGAAACUGCUGACCUUCUCACAGAAGUCACUGAGAGUGUUGACUAUUAUGUUCAGGGAAGAACAAUUGCUGCUGGAAAUCUAUUCGGAAGACGUCGAGUAAUCCAGGUGUUUGAGCAUGGUGCCCGUAUCCUGGAUGGUUCUUUUAUGAAUCAAGAAUUAAGCUUUGGAGCUCCCAAUUCAGAAUCAAAUUCCGGUUCUGAAAGUUCCACUGUGUCAUCUGUUUCAAUCGCUGACCCAUAUGUUUUACUUAGAAUGACAGAUGACAGUAUUCGUCUGCUUGUUGGAGAUCCUUCGACUUGCACAGUUUCCAUAAGUAGUCCAUCUGUACUUGAAGGCUCUAAACGGAAGAUAUCAGCCUGUACUUUGUACCAUGAUAAAGGACCAGAACCAUGGCUAAGGAAAGCUAGCACUGAUGCAUGGCUUUCGUCAGGCGUUGGAGAGGUUGAUAGUGCUGAUGGUGGACUUCAAGAUCAGGGUGACAUAUACUGUGUUCUCUGUUACGAAAGUGGUGCCCUUGAGAUAUUUGAUGUGCCUAGUUUUAAUUGUGUGUUCUCUGUUGAUAAAUUUGCGUCUGGAAGACGCCACCUCUGUGAUAUGCCUAUUCAUGAGUUAGAGUAUGAACUUAACAAAAGCUCCGAGAAGAAUGCUUCGUCAAGGAAUGAGGAGAUAAAGGAUACAAAGGUCGUUGAGUUAGCUAUGCAAAGAUGGUCUGGGCAUCAUACACGCCCAUUUCUCUUUGCAGUAUUGGCUGAUGGCACAAUUCUUUGUUACCAUGCGUACCUAUUUGAGGGUGUUGAUAGUAUCAAAGCAGAGAAUAGUUUAUCUUCGGAAAACCCUGCUGCUUUAAAUUCCUCUGAUAGUUCUAAGCUUAGGAAUCUGAAAUUUCUACGCAUCCCCUUGGACACGUCUACAAGAGAGGAGACUUCAGAUGGAGUUGCAUCCAAAAGAAUUACCAUGUUCAAGAAUAUUAAUGGUCACCAGGGUUUUUUUCUUUCUGGCUCAAGGCCAGGGUGGUGUAUGUUGUUCCGAGAGCGACUUCGGUUUCAUUCACAGCUGUGCGAUGGAUCAAUUGCGGCCUUUACUGUUCUUCACAAUGUGAAUUGCAAUCACGGGUUCAUAUAUGUCACAUCACAGGGAGUUUUGAAGAUUUGCCAAUUACCGUCAGUGUCAAUUUACGAUAAUUAUUGGCCAGUGCAGAAGAUUCCUCUGAAGGCCACGCCUCACCAAGUUACCUACUACGCGGAGAAGAACUUGUACCCGCUGAUAGUAUCAUAUCCGGUCAGCAAGCCAUUAAAUCAAGUUCUUUCUUCACUAGUUGAUCAAGAAGCUGGUCAGCAGAUUGACAACCACAAUCUCAGCUCAGAUGAUCUCCAACGGACAUACACCGUAGAGGAAUUUGAAAUCCGAAUUUUGGAACCAGAAAGAUCUGGUGGCCCCUGGGAAACUAAAGCCACUAUCCCAAUGCAGAGCUCAGAACAUGCACUGACUGUUCGAGUUGUCACACUUCUUAAUGCAAGCACAGGGGAGAAUGAAACACUUCUUGCUGUUGGAACUGCCUAUGUCCAAGGGGAGGAUGUUGCUGCAAGGGGACGUGUGCUUCUUUUCUCUUUUGGGAAAAAUGGCGAUAAUUCCCAAAACGUGGUUACCGAAGUCUACUCAAAGGAGCUAAAAGGUGCUAUAUCAGCUGUAGCCUCCAUUCAGGGUCAUCUUCUAAUAUCAUCUGGUCCUAAAAUCAACUUGCACAAAUGGAAUGGCACCGACUUAAAUAGUGUUGCCUUCUAUGAUGCUCCGCCGCUCUACGUAGUCAGCAUGAAUGUUGUAAAGAAUUUCAUCCUUCUUGGUGAUGUUCACCAAAGCAUAUACUUUCUUAGCUGGAAGGAACAAGGGUCCCAACUUACCUUACUAGCCAAAGAUUUUGGAUCCCUCGAUUGUUUUGCUACAGAGUUCUUGAUUGAUGGAAGUACGCUUAGCCUGGCUGUCUCCGAUGAACAAAAGAAUGUACAGAUAUUUUAUUUUGCGCCAAAGAUGGCCGAGAGCUGGAAGGGUCAGAAACUUCUUUCAAGGGCGGAAUUUCACGUUGGUGCCCAUGUGACAAAGUUCCUACGUCUGCAGAUGGUUUCUUCUGGCGCGGAUAAAACAAAUCGCUAUGCUUCGUUAUUUGGUACUCUAGACGGCAGUUUUGGUUGCAUUGCUCCACUCGAUGAGAUCACAUUCCGGAGGUUACAGUCUCUCCAGAAAAAGCUCGUGGAUGCUGUUCCUCAUGUUGCGGGUCUGAACCCACGCUCUUUCCGUCAGUUCCGCUCAAGUGGGAAGGCUCGACGAUCUGGGCCUGACAACAUAAUCGACUGCGAGCUACUAUGCCAUUACGAGACUCUUCCACUGGAGGAACAGCUUCAACUUGCUCAACAGGUUGGGACAAACCGAUCUCUGAUUCUAGACAAUUUAGUUGAGCUCUCUGUCGGAACCAGCUUCUUGUGAAAGAUGAAAGCAAAAGGCAGAUCGUAAUACGUUGUUCAUCCAUGGACCGACAAAGAAAGAACAAUGGCAGAGUUGCUUAUGUUGUACAAUGCUGUAACUGUAACACAAUCAUAAACUUUGAUGUUUUGUGACAUUUAGACUAUGUUCAGAUUCUCUCCACUUUAAAAUGUUUGUUGUUUCAUGUCUGCUUUGAAUACUCAGUUUACGUGAGAUCUGGACAGUUAACAGUA